AUGGUUUUCAAAUUUUACACCGACUUCACCGAGGAUGUCGAUGUUUCCACUCUGUUUGCUCCGCCUACUCCUCCGUCGUCCACCAUUUGCCGUCCACUUGGCAAGAGCUUCACCCGAACCAUGGCUGUCGCGGGCAGAGCCGCUGAAGGAGUUUCUUGUGGGUUCGCUGCCCCUGCCGUCGAGACAUACCAGGAACUGAAAGUCGCGACUGGCAAUUUCAGCAAAGAGAAUGUUUUGGGAGAAGGUGGGUUUGGUACGGUCUACAGAGGAAUUUUGCUUGAUGGAUCUGCGGUGGCAAUAAAAAGAUAUUCCCGAGCAUCUGGCGAUGCUGAAGUGCAAGCUUGUGCUGAAGUGCAGGUUGGGAGUAUGGCCAGGCACCGGAAUCUGAUCCAACUGCUCGGCUUUUGCGAUUCAAUGGAGCCGCAAAAACCUGUCAAGAAAAGAAAGGCAAGGUCACAACCGGUAGAGUACCUGUUGGUAUAUCCAUUGGCGGUCAACGGAAAUGUGGAUUCCCACUUGAGGGAGUGCUCUGCUUUGCAACCCCCUCUCGAUUGGCCUACCCGUAUGCACAUUGCCUUAGGAGUGGCGAGAGGGCUCUCGUAUCUUCACGAGGAUUGCAGUCUUCAGAUAAUUCACCGAGACAUAAAGCCUUCGAACAUUUUGUUGGAUGAGAACUUCGAACCUCUCAUUGGGGACUCCGGCAUGGCAAAAUUGGUGAACCAUGAAGAUUGGAACCAGCAGACCCAGGAGUUGAAAAGCGCCAGGGCACUGCACCAGAUGGCUGCUCUGGAUAGAUCAGAAAAGUUAUACAGUACCAAUCAAAUAGGUGGUACAUUUGCAUAUCUCCCUCCAGAGUACUUGAUGCACGGGAAUUUCUCAGCAAAGAAUGAUGUCUUCGCAUUUGGGGUGGUACUCCUCGAGCUCAUCUCUGGUUCAAGGAUUGAUUUUUUGCAUUCUCUAGACAGAAAAAGAUUCCCUGAUGUUACGGGGGUGAAAGACAUUGGGGAACAUAACAAGUUGGGAUGUCUGAUCGAUCCGAACUUGAGGGAGACUACGAUGAGAAAGAGGCUGAGAAAUUAG